GCUGGUACCAUCCCCUGGGAAUAGGCGCAGCUGUGGGUGUCAGGUUUCUCUUGGCAAAGAGCCUCCGUGUCAACACCACUGGGUGCAAAACGCUUUGUCAGAUUUGUAGAAGACUGAAAGAAAAAGACCAGUCAGUCUGUGUCUGCAGGCUAGGAGCCAGAGAAGGAGAGCUGGAGCAGUUUAGUGAGGAAAAGCAGAGGGUUCUCUAGACCAGGGUAGGCCAGAUGUGAUUAGACAAGGAGUGCCUGGUUAAGAGACUGAACGUGGGGAUUUGGAGCCCCCUUCCCGUUUGUAGAACCUCUUUGUCCAGAUGUUCUCUGAGUGGAAAGGACUUGAAGGAGGCUCUGUCCUGCCCUCGUCCCAGCAGGCAAAGAAGUAUGCGAUGGAGCAGAGCAUCAAGAGUGUGCUGGUGAAGCAAACCAUCGCCCACCAGCAACAGCAGCUCACCAACCUUCAGAUGGCAGCAGUGACAAUGGGCUUUGGAGAUCCUCUCUCACCUUUACAAUCGAUGGCAGCUCAGCGGCAGCGCGCCCUGGCCAUCAUGUGCCGAGUCUAUGUGGGCUCCAUCUACUACGAGCUGGGAGAGGACACCAUCCGCCAGGCCUUUGCCCCCUUCGGACCCAUCAAAAGCAUUGAUAUGUCCUGGGACUCUGUUACCAUGAAACACAAGGGUUUUGCUUUUGUGGAAUAUGAGGUACCUGAAGCUGCUCAGCUGGCCUUGGAGCAGAUGAAUUCUGUCAUGCUGGGGGGAAGAAAUAUAAAGGUGGGCAGGCCCAGCAACAUCGGGCAGGCCCAGCCCAUCAUAGACCAGCUGGCAGAAGAGGCCCGGGCCUUCAACCGCAUCUAUGUGGCCUCUGUGCACCAGGACCUGUCAGAUGAUGACAUCAAGAGCGUCUUCGAGGCCUUUGGGAAGAUCAAAUCCUGCACACUGGCCAGGGAUCCCACCACAGGGAAACACAAAGGCUAUGGCUUCAUUGAGUAUGAGAAGGCACAGUCUUCCCAGGAUGCUGUUUCCUCCAUGAACCUCUUUGACCUGGGGGGUCAGUACCUGCGGGUGGGGAAGGCUGUGACACCCCCAAUGCCCCUCCUGACCCCAGCCACGCCAGGAGGGCUCCCCCCAGCUGCUGCAGUGGCUGCUGCUGCUGCCACAGCCAAGAUCACAGCUCAGGAAGCAGUGGCAGGAGCUGCAGUCCUUGGUACUCUGGCAACCCCUGGGCUGGUGUCCCCAGCACUGACCCUGGCCCAGCCCCUGGGGGCGUUGCCACAGGCUGUGAUGGCAGCACAAGCACCAGGAGUCAUCACAGGUGUGACCCCUGCCCGGCCUCCCAUUCCUGUCACUAUUCCACAAGUGGGAGUUGUGAAUCCCAUCCUGGCCAGUCCCCCAGCGCUGGGCCUGGUGGAGGUCAAGAAGGAGAAGGAGGAGGAGGAGGUUUUCCAGGAGUCGGAGCGGCCGGAGAUGCUGAGUGAGCAGGAGCACAUGAGCAUCUCUGGGAGCAGUGCCCGGCACAUGGUGAUGCAGAAGCUGCUGAGGAAGCAGGAGUCCACUGUGAUGGUGCUUCGCAACAUGGUGGACCCAAAGGACAUUGAUGACGACUUGGAGGGAGAAGUGACAGAAGAAUGUGGCAAAUUUGGGGCUGUCAACAGGGUCAUCAUCUACCAGGAGAAGCAGGGAGAGGAGGAGGAUGCUGAGAUCAUUGUCAAGAUCUUUGUGGAGUUCUCCAUGGCCUCAGAGACUCACAAAGCCAUCCAGGCCCUGAAUGGGCGCUGGUUCGCAGGCAGGAAGGUGGUGGCAGAGGUGUAUGACCAGGAGAGGUUUGAUAACAGUGACCUGUCAGCAUGAACUCCACUGGAAGGACUUGUCCCCUCUCCCCUCUGCCUGCCUGGUCUUUUUUUAGCCAUGUGUAAAGAAGGCUCCAGGGUGGGCACAGGUCUCUGUGAUGUCCUUGUAGUUUGGAUAAAAGCGCAAAGAAA